GGACGGUGGAAAAAGGAGCUCAAACUGUGGCUGCUUUUGCUGAGAAACACGGUCAAUAAGAGCAAAACGCUUCUGUGUGUUUACUGUCAUCACACUAAGAGCAGCUGUGAGGAAAGCAGGACAGAAAGAGAGGAAGGGGAGGUGGCGACGGCAUCACAGGCAACGAGCAAGAGGAGAGGAGGCGAGUUCAUAUGAAGGAGGAGUUUCACAGAGAGUGAGAGAGGCUAUUAGAGAUGGUGAGAAAAAGCAGGAGAGAGAUAUAGGUUGUGUGAGGGAGGAAGAUGCUGUUGCCAGGGAACGAGACUGAGAUAGAAGGAACCAUCUUUUGCAGUUUGGGAGAGGAUGAAAAGUCAGUUCAAGAUGGAUCCAAAAUGGACUAAACUGGAGGAAAACAGGUGAUCCUGCCAACAACCAGCCUGACAGAAUCAAAGGAAAAAGGAAGACACGACUUGCCUCCAUCAGAAACAUCAGUACCAACAGGAACUUCAGCGUAAAUAAAAACAGGAGCGUACCACCCGAAGAGGUAAACAGUGAUGACCCUCCGUCUGCUGAUUUAAGGAAAAUCAUUAUAUAACCGAGCUGAAGCCUGUCCUCCCUGCAGAGGAUGGGUACAGCAGAAGCCACUUUACGCAUGGACAGCAUGGAGGUCAAGGACGAGUGGCAGGACGAGGACUUCCCCAGGCCGCUGCCAGAGGAUGGCGUUGGUCUCACUGACAACAGAACCAAUCCUCCCACCAGCCUGAAUGUCGGGGAGUCCAUGAAGCAGAGGAAGCGCCGCACACUGGUUGCCCCCGACAUGAACCUGUCCCUGGAUCAGAGCGAGGGCUCCGUUCUCUCGGACGACUUCCUGGAAACACCCGAUGACCUUGACAUCAACGUCGACGACAUUGAGACUCCGGAUGAGACCGACUCACUGGAGUUCCUGAACAACGGCAACGAGCUGGAGUGGGAAGAUGACACUCCUGUGGCCACAGCCAAACGUCUUCCAGGUGAAGGUGAAGAGGAGAAAGACUCCUCUGGUCGUCUGUGGCGAACGGUGAUAAUCGGCGAUCAGGAGCAACGAAUUGACAUGCAGAUCAUCAGGCCUUACCUGCGAGUGGUCACCCAUGGAGGUUAUUAUGGUGAAGGUCUGAACGCCAUCAUUGUGUUUGCAGCUUGCUACCUCCCUGACAGCAGCUGUGAUGAUUACACAUACAUCAUGGAGAAUCUGUUUCUGUACGUUGUGAGCAGCCUGGAGCUGCUGGUGGCUGAAGAUUAUAUGAUUGUUUACUUGAAUGGUGCAACUCCUCGCAGGAAGAUGCCUGGAAUCAGCUGGCUGAAGAGAUGCUACCAGAUGAUUGACAGAAAACUGAGAAAAAACCUGAAGUGUCUGAUCAUUGCACAUCCAACAUGGUUUAUCAGAACCGUCCUGGCCAUCUCAAGACCAUUCAUCAGUGUGAAGUUCCUGGAUAAGAUUCGAUACGUUCACACCCUGGAAGAGCUCAGUCAAAUCAUCCCCAUGGAGCAUGUGCAGAUUCCCGACUGUGUGCUGCAGUAUGAUGAAGAGAAGCUAAAAGCACAAAAGGUGAGACAUGAACAAGAGCAGCAGCAGACCAAAUCAGCUCUUCCUGGGGAAAGGCCAAAGUCGAUGCUAGCAUCAGUUAACAGCAACAUCUGACAUUAAGAAUGAGCUGAAGAUCUGCUGGGGAACGGUCAUCCAGUAAACUCAGCACCUUCUUGCACAGAACGGACCCGUUAGCUGCAGGACAAUCACUGAUCAGUAUUUCUCUUGUUUCUCACUUAAAUCAAUUCAGAACCUGUUAACAACAAGACGUUACAGAUAAAACUGUCUGCUUUCUGCAUGUGAGAUUGAGCUGUACUAUGACGCAUGGCAACUAUUUUAAAUUAAAAGAAAACAGUACAGACUCCUUAAACCGACUCUACUUGCAGAUAGAAUCAAACUGAAAUAUUUUGGCAUGGGUUUUUCUUUGGUUUAAUGAAUUUGCUUACUGAAUGAUGUGCAAUGACAUUCUUCUUAUUAACAUGUUCUAGAUGUUACUGAUGCAAAAGUAUUGUAUAGUCGUCAGGUUUUCCGGCGUUAAAUAUGCAGUCGGCAUGCUUGUUUGUAUCCUUUCCUUAUUUGUCUUGGUUUUAAAUUCUAAAAAAAAGGCAGUACUUUUUCAAGACUGAAAGACUGAAUUGUUAUAGAUAAAAUAAAAUAUAUUUAAAGAAAGAAAGCCUGAAGAAUUACUUUAACUGUUAUCUAUGAAAAUGUGCCAUUUAAUGUUUCUAAAAAAUAAACCAAAAUAAAAAACAAACUGGAUUUGUCUGUGUCGUGAAUGCUAACCUUCAGGACUCAGUUGGGUUUUUAACAGAACAUAUUUUUAUCUUUUAUUGCCAUUUAUUCAGCCUUGAACGUCUUUGGCCAUGUGAGUUAUUGACCAACGUAAUUUUGAUCUAUAAAUUGUUUUGUGUCAGCUCUUUAAAAGAUGAAAUGAAAUGUCUCGCAACAGGGUGUCUGUCAUCUACUAUGAAUAUUGCUUUUAUUUUCUGAAAUUAGUUAACUGGAAAGGCAAAAUUACCUACAUAGGUUAUUUUAACCCUGCUUUUCUCAGUGACUAAAGAGAAAAGUCUCAUAUGGUAGAAGUAUUUCGCAUUUGAAUGAUGUGAGUCCUUUUAAUAUGUUAUGUUAACAAGCAUCAGUCUUUUAGUCGCACAGUGCCAUCAUGUAUCGCUACAUUCCCAACAGCGAAACAUGACACCAUGUCAACUUUUACCUAAAACUCAAAGUUCACCUCCUUCACACCUUUUUCUCUCCGAGAGAUAAGAACAGACUGUAAAACUGAUUUGUAGUAUUGGGAAAAUACUGUGUGAAUACAAAAUAAACACGACAGACUCGCAUCCGGAGGUGUGUAACGACCAGAGCCGAUAAGCGGCAGGCGCUAACCUUCAGAGGAAGGUUUUCUCGCAGCUUUGGCUGACUGACGUGCCAUUUUGCCCACAUAGAGGGCCGCCACAUACUCUGGUUGCAUCAGAAAUAUUCAUGAUGCAGAAGCCAGACGCUGCAGGCUAAUUAUAGAGGUCCUGGUUUGCACUCGCCCACAGCCGGCUUGGUAGAGUGACGCUUUAACAUCUGCCCAGAAAUGUCAGGAUGUAUUGUCCUAAAAAUUAUGACCUUUCUUGGAUUUAAACUGCUUACAUGUAAGAAACUUGAAUUCUUGCUCAACUUGAGAGGGACUCAACUUGUCCCUCACCCAGUAUUCCCCCAUCUUCUUUUCUGAUGCACCCCCCUUGUGACUUCAUUGUGGUUUAUUUGUAUUUCACAGCUCAGCCACAAGUUAGCUUCUGUACUUUCCCUGAAUGUGCUCGGCCUCCCUCCCCUCACCCCUGAGAGCAGGUGCAAAUUUUAGGAUCAGCUUUCACACUGAAACUUCAAC